GUUUCAUCUUAUUAUUAUUCACAUGCAAAAAAUGAAUUACCUUAUUAUAGUAUAGAAAAAUCAGAUAAUGAAAUUUAUGAAAUUUUAGUAGAUGAAUAUUUAAAUUCUGAUGAAGAUUUUAUUGAAAUUAUUGAAGAAGAUUUAGAUGAAAAUUAUGAUGAAAAUUAUGAUGAAAAUAAUAUAUUUGGAGAAGAAAAUAAUUUAUUAAUUAAUAAUAUAGUAAAUUUAAAUCAAUUUUAUAAUUUUGAAAAAAUAGAAGAUAUUAUGAAUGAAGAAUAUAAUAAUGAAAAUAUUGAUGAAACAGAAACUAUAAAUAGUCAAACUUAUGAAGAUAAUGAUUGGGAUCCAAUUGAAGAAGUUGAUAAAAUUAUUGAAGAUUUAUAA